CAACCAGUUGGUUCCUCUAUACUCGCCAGAUUAAUCAAUCGGCCGAACAGAACAUGUCUAGUAGUGAGUUGUGUCUGGAGAGGCCUUUGUUUGGCGGCGCUAUUACCAGCGCCUUCCCUCAAAGAUUCCAGGAUGCGAGUAAUAUCCGACAAGUUCCAGAUCAUCAGGAAGUGUUUGUGGAUCCUUCAAGAGAUGAGAGUUUGAUAUUCGAGCUUUUAGAUUUCAAGAGCGACGUUGGGGACAACGGCAGUGCUUCUUGGUUUCUUCAGGAUCUUGCUCGUGAGCAAGACGCCGAAGCAUUCAAGUUGAUUGACCAAUCACAAGUCAUUGAAGCUCCUGGACUCUCCUUCAGAAACAUCCCUGCCGUUGUCACAUCUGCUGUUGGAGAGAUGGCUAUAUCCAAAGGAAGACAGGGAAGAGAUGCACAAAACUUAGUUAGGGUAUAUGUGGCGAAUCUUCGUCUCAAGGGAGUUGAAACAGAUGUCUUAGUGACUGCGUAUGAACCUAUUCUCAUCAACCCACUGAGCGAAAGCGCGAAUGCUGUGGGAUCUGGUUUAGCUGUGCCAGCUUCACAAUCUGGAAUUUCGCCAAUGUGUGAUGUCAUUAAACAUGCAGUCUCUACGUUCAGAGUCAAUGACUGGAGUCUUUUCGGUUCCUCUGCUUGAGUCCAUGCUUCAUCAGCAAAACCAAACAGUGCAAAUCUGCCAACUGGUGUUAUGUGGUUUCUUAAUGUUGAAGUUCAUUAGUUUGUGUUGCGUUUGGAUAGCUUGGCUUCUCAACCGGUUUGAGUUUAGAGUUCUUCCUUUUACGAAUUACUUUGAGAGUUUAUAUAGAAAUAGAAAGCCGAAUGAUA